AUGGACAGUCAGGGAAGGAAAGUGGUGGUUUGCGACAAUGGGACUGGGUUUGUGAAGUGCGGUUAUGCAGGCUCCAACUUCCCAGAGCAUAUUUUCCCUGCGUUGGUUGGCAGGCCAAUCAUUCGCUCCACCGCUAAAGUUGGAAAUAUUGAGAUCAAGGACCUGAUGGUGGGGGACGAGGCGAGCGAGCUGCGCUCCAUGCUGGAGGUGAACUACCCCAUGGAGAACGGCAUUGUGAGGAACUGGGAUGACAUGAAGCACCUGUGGGACUACACCUUCGGCCCAGAGAAGCUCAACAUCGACUCCAGGAACUGCAAGAUCCUGCUCACAGAGCCACCAAUGAACCCCACCAAGAACCGAGAGAAGAUCAUCGAGGUGAUGUUUGAGACAUACCAGUUUUCUGGGGUUUACAUUGCCAUCCAGGCUGUGCUCACAUUGUACGCCCAAGGUCUACUGACAGGCGUGGUGGUGGACUCGGGCGACGGCGUAACUCACAUCUGCCCCGUGUAUGAAGGCUUCUCCCUGCCCCACCUGACCCGGCGCCUGGACAUCGCCGGGAGGGACAUCACACGCUACCUCAUCAAGCUGCUGUUGCUAAGGGGCUACGCGUUCAACCACUCUGCAGACUUUGAGACGGUACGCAUGAUGAAGGAGAAGCUGUGCUAUGUGGGCUACAACAUUGAGCAGGAGCAGAAGCUGGCCCUGGAGACGACAGUGCUAGUCGAGUCGUACACGCUCCCUGACGGCAGAACGAUCAAGGUGGGAGGUGAGCGAUUCGAAGCCCCGGAGGCUCUGUUCCAGCCUCACCUCAUCAACGUUGAGGGGGUUGGCGUGGCAGAGCUCCUCUUUAACACCAUCAAUGCCGCAGACAUCGACACCAGGUCCGAGUUCUAUAAACACAUAGUGCUGUCAGGCGGUUCCACCAUGUACCCGGGCCUUCCUUCCAGACUGGAGCGUGAGCUGAAGCAGCUCUAUCUGGAGCGCGUGCUGAAGGGAGACGUUGACAAGCUCUCGAAAUUCAAGAUCCGUAUUGAGGACCCCCCUCGGCGCAAGCACAUGGUGUUCCUGGGUGGGGCUGUGCUGGCCGACAUCAUGAAGGACAAGGACAACUUCUGGCUGACGAGGGAGGAGUACCAGGAGAAGGGGAUGCGUGUCCUGGAGAAGCUGGGUGUCACCGUCAGAUAAACCUGCCCCCCACCAAGGCAGGCACGCCCGGGGACACCCCCAAACCCCCCCACCUCCAAGAAACCUCCAGAUAACUCACCGCUUUUGACCAGAGCCCAGUAGGGGAGUGCACUGCCCAGGGAAUAAUUCAAUGAGAGUGCCCUGUCAAAGAGGAUGUGGCGUCACUUUGAACGCUGCCACGACCUCUAUACCCCCUGUCCUUCGCUACAUCCUCCACUUGAUAUCCAUCUGUCGCUCAUCUUCUCUGUUGUUUUUGCCUCCUCCGUCACAGAUUUGCUGAAUUGCCCCCCCCCCCCCCCUCUACGGACGUGUGUGUGUGUGUGUGUGUGUGUGUGUGUGGGGGGGGGGGGGGGGGGGGGGGUCGCAGGAAAUGCAUUGAGGAAGUGUUAACAAUCCGUCUCCUUGGAAUAGUUGGUGGCAUGUCACAAACCUUCAUUGAAAACAUGAUCCCAAGGAUCAUGAAGUCAGUAAUUAUUAAGGGGGGGGGGUAUUGGAGGCUCCUGUGUUUUAUGCACGUCAAAGGCAAGCUGCCCCCCUCCUAAACCCUCCGCCUCGCUUUGUCAAGUCUUUAUCAGCAGUGUGAUUGCUUGCUCUUUUUGAGACUCUCAUAGUGAAUUAGGUUAAUUUAAGGUUGUUUUGGCAUUGGAGGGGGGGGUUAAAGGGCAUGCCUUUUUGGGGGACAUUUAUCUAUUUCUUCACAGGGUCCUUCUGCUCUCUUGUCCCAUUCGAAUAUCCCUACUUCCUGUUGCCGUCAUGUGUCUUGAAGGGACAGUUCACUGAUUAUUUAAUUUUUAAGAUCUGGCCUUAUUUUCACAUGCUUGUAGUUGAUUCCCCAAGUGGUUACUAUUAUUUUAUGGUUUGUCACAGAGGAAGGCUCAUUUAACAGAUUUAACCAAUUAUGUCAUCGGUUGAAUGGACCUCCUUUCUGAGCUAAAACUGAAUGCUAGUAAUAGGGUAGGGAUAUUCACAAUGGGGAUUCUGGUGUGAAAUGAGUUGGUUUGGAGUGUUUUAGAACAUUUUAUAACAUGCUUAAUACAUUUCCCUAGUGAAUUGUAAGUAUAUAUGAAGGUGAUGACUUACUGAAAUGUGCUAAACCAAUUUCUCUUUAACAAAACCAAAUAUUAAACUAAACAAUUUUGGGGAUCAACUACAAGUAGAAAAAGGGAUUAUAAGGCCAAGGUGUAUAAAAAGUGUGAACUGUACUUUUUAAGGGGAAUGUGAUGAUGACAAAGAAACGGUUGGCCUUCUGUUGUGACCAAGGCUUUAAAUUCGACUCAUGGCAGAACAUUUGUAUUAAAUUCCAAUGAGGACUGACCAACCUUUUCUUUAACGUUCCAUUUGUUUGUCUUCAUUCAUUUCGCCGAUGCGCUUUCUUUUUGGAGAGUUUUGCCUUGCAAUCUGUCUGACUUUUUAUUUGUAUGUUUUAGUGUCUUCAUUUUUUGCAUUGCAUUACUCCAGUGUGAACUUGAGUAAAGAGUGAGAAUGUGUCAUCAGCAUGGUCUCUGGACACAUGGGGUCAGUUUGUUUUGAAGGUCCAGUUUCCAUUCAGCCCUCAACAACUUGUCUAGCAUCUACUCUUAAGGGUUGAGGUGAAUUCAUUUGAAUUCCUAUCUGUUUAGAAAGUCAAAGAAAUUCUAAUUCCAGUUGUACCUAAUUGUACUUCGUGUUCUUUCUGAACUGCAGGAAUUUAAAUGGAAUUCAGUUCAACCCUGCCGCUGUCUUUAGCCCAGGCCCACCCUUUAACCAUUGAGUACAACAAAGUAGACCUAAGACCAGUUCUGUUUGGGGCAUACUGAACCUUAACCUGUUAUAACAGUCCUUCUGAGACUAACAGGAACCUUCUUGUCUCAGCUCCAUGAAGAUUUUUUUUGGGGGGGGUCCGGGGGUUAUUGGGGAUGGGAUGGGGGGGGGGUUAUUGGGGGUAUUGAACGUUUAUAAUAUAAGAAUUUGGUGUCAGUAGAAAGAGACCACAAAGCUGGUAUUUAAGGUUUUCCUUUUUUGGUUGUCAUAUGUAUAUUGGAGGCACUUCAUACAAUAUAUGUAACAUUUUCCUUUUUUGACAAAAUGGUCAUCCAGUGCCAAGUGCAGUUUUUGUAACUGGAUCUUUUUUUGUUUUGUUUUUGUUUAUAGCAUAACUGCCUAUCGCUGAUUUAAAUAAAGCAAGUGAUUUAUAAAUAUC